AUGAUCUCGAUGGCCUCACUGAUCGAUCUGAGCGCCGAACAAGUUGCCCAGAACAUUGUAGAAGGUUAGUGUUUAGGCAAACCAGACUUGCAACGGGCCGGGCCGGGCCGGGCCAAAAUUGGAAAUUUUCCGGCCCGGGAGGAUGCACCUAAAAAUUCAAAGCGAACUAGAACUUCGAAACGAACAUAAUUCUAUAGACUUAAAAGAAAAAAAGACGAAAAAGGCAGUGUUAUAGCAUAAAAACCUGUUAAAAAAUAGAAAUUGCUGUUUAAAGUCGCAAAAUUUUCACAAAAAUUACGAAAAUUUUCUCAAGAGUGGGCGGAGCGAUUGAUUGCAACUCUGGCACGCCAUUUUAGCAAUUUUGCCGCGCGCGUUUUCCUCUUCCUUCAUAUUUUUUUUGCAUAUUUUUUCUGAGGUCUAACUUCUGGCCCGAGCGGGCCGGCCCGGGAUUUGGCAAGUCUGAGGCAAACAAUGCAUCGCAUUUCGAUUUUCAGGACGAUUCCGUCCGUCGUCCAUCGGCGUUCCGGUGCCGUGCGCAAAUCAAAUCUUCGAGCACGCCAUCAGAGAGUGGUCAUUUUUGAGCGGAGAUGUGCGUGUGCUUCAAGAAUUGUCGUAUCUCAAAUUCACAAAAGCGAAUUUCGGCGAGCGAUGCGUCGAACGACAAUUCUUUCCGAUUCUCCUGAACCAGUCGUUGGAAUCGCUGACGAUCGGAUACGAAGUCACCCAAUUCACGGCGUUUGAUGAAGAUUUGGGCGAAAACGCUGAUGACGGUGAGCGAAGAAUCAAUAUCAAUCAAUAAUCAUCUUAUCGCAUUUGAGAAGCGCAUCAAAUGCGCAUUGUUCACUUGUUGGAGGAAGUUUCAAGUGCGGGCACGCGUCAAUCGCUCAAGCACUUGGACAUUUCGCCAUUUUCCCAUGACCGCUUCGAGCCGAACUGGAUGGAAUGGGUCGGGCGACUGUUUCCAAGUUUGCAAAGCCUCAAGCUUCACGCACAUGAAAACACAAACCUUGCGGACCUGGUCAACUGCUUCCCCAACUUGAAGUCUCUCAGCUUGACCACAGAAGGCGGAACCAGAUCGAUGCAGGGCAUUGGUCUCGUUCGAAAUCUCGAAAUGCUGUCGAUCGACGAUAUCAGGGAUGUGACGGAUGCGACGGAAUUGUUUCAACUUCAAAACUUGCGUGUACUCAGUGUUCCAUGGUAAGCUAUAUCGAAUAAAAUUGACAAUAAAGUGCCAAUUUUCAGCCCAUUUUUCCGUCCGUUCAUCCGCCGAUUCCGAGACUGUCUGGAGAACGGACUCACACUGCCCGAACUCCGAUACUUUGAUUGUUCAGAAGCCGCAUCGGACAUUGAGUACGACGAAAUAGUCGGAAAACUUCCCAAGCUCGAGCAUUUCACAUGCAUCGGUAAGUUCUGGACACCGGUUCAGCCUACAUCGUUUCCAUUUUGCAGGCGAUUCUUUCUCGCGAGUGAACUUGCCAUCCCACAGUAUCAAGACGAUCGGAGACACGGUCACGACUCUCGAGCACUACUUUCGGCAGAGGAGCUUUCUGAUGCUGGAGACAGUGCUUUCCCAGAACCCGAUGAAUGCAAAUCUACGGGACAUGCCCGAAUGCUCGCCGAGCGAUCUCCGAAAGUUUCUGCACGUGAUCUGCAGAUUGAUGGAACACAAGAUUGUGCGAUUGAAGAUUGCGACAUAUGUGGUUGCGAACUGUCCAAAACUGUAAGUGUGUCUGUUGGAAAAACCAACGAUUGGCCACCCUUUUUUCUCAGAAUGGAAUUGAUGAUCGACAGCAACAACUUUUCAUCAUCGGAAAUCAGUAUAUUCGUCCAACACAUGCUGUCAUUGUUCCGGAAAAUGAGAAAAUUCCAAUUUCCGCUUCAUCAACAUCUGCACCAAUACCUCUUGGAGACAGUCAUGACGCCGGGAGUCGCCAGCAACAUCAUCCGUCCGUUCUGCCUGGAAAUUGUCGAGCACGCUCUGCGCGCGUUAUCCGAACAUCCGUUGAGAGAAAGUGCGCUCGCCUGUCUACUCGAGCACACCAAAUACGCGAAUCUUGCGCAGCUCGAGAGAGCCGAUGUGAAGACGGGAAGCAAGUAUUUGGUGGAAAGUAUGUACGCGCGAAUCAGCGCGCCAUUCGAUGUCGUCGCGUUUCACUUUGUCCUUCAAUGCCUGUUCGUGCUCGAGAAGCUAGCGGGUUUGGAAGUGUUCGAGGACCCGUACGAUAUUAAUGCAGACGUGUACUCAUCUCACAUGCUCUUGUUCUUCGGACAAUUUCUGAUUGGCGUCGAGCUGGACGAUUCCCAUCAACGCGAAAAGAUCGAAGAGAGGAUUCUGCGCGUUUUUCGUCAAAUUGUCGCGAACGAGAAGCAUUCGCCGGACCUCUACGAUAAAAUAGUUUUACACGCGAUCGGGUGAGUUGGAUUGAAUUUUAAUUCUGUUUUUUUUAAACAUUUCCAAUAACAUUUCAGAUAUCUGAUUCAACACCGUGUCAACCAAGAUGAGAACUCGGUGAAUAUUGUCGCAACUGCCGUGUCGAUCCUCGCCAAACUCAUCCUCUCGCCGCAGCGAAUCGAAGACGGAAAUGCCGAAUUCUACAGCUCCCUUGUUCUGGGCGGUGUCCAGUGGCUUCUGAAAAAUGAUGCGAUCGCGUCGCCAAACCGCUCCUGGAUCCAAUGGCACACAAUUAGUGGGGAAUGCGAGGCGGCUGAAUUCAUGGGAACAGUGGCGGAGCACGUGUACGCGGUCCGCGUGUACGUUCGGAAUCCGAGCGACGCUCCGCUCUACGUGCAACAUGUCGGAAUGCGUGAAGUGGUAAGGAAGUUGUCGAGUGGAAGAUGGAACGACGAACCGGUCGAUGCAUGGAUUGUGGAAAUGGCGAAGGACGUUCGGAGGAUGACGGAGCCGGGAUAUGCGAGGGCCGAGAAGCGGAAAGCUGAGGAAGAGGAGGAGAGAGACGCCAAGAAGGAGAAGCCGGUUCAUUUAUCAAGUUGCCAUUUCACUUAA